GGUCGUAAUAAAGUAUUGAGUCGUCUUUGUCCCGUCUCUGUUGCCUGCAGGCUUCCGUAGAUUACGCUGUAAAGAGAAACCAGUUCGCAUAGCGAGCAAGUCAGGUAAAUGGCGCAACUGUUGGAGUAUGUAUGCUGCAAAUCAGAGUAGAAGAACAUAAAUUUAUGUUUUCUACCCGAGAAUCUCCAGUUCAACAUCAUAUUAAUCAGCUCGACUAAUAUAUUUGGGACUUGUUUCUUGUUCGUGAUCUUGUCCUGUUGUUAGUACUUGUCUUCAUGGCGGUGGUCAUCCGCUUACAGGGACUCAGAGUCACAGCUGGUUCUGAGGAUAUUCGCAGUUUCUUCACGGGCCUCAGGAUUCCCGAUGGGGGGGUGCAUAUAAUUGGUGGAGAGUUGGGUGAGGCGUUCAUUAUCUUUGCGUCCGAUGAGGAUGCGAGAAGAGCGAUGACUCGCUCGGGGGGCUGCAUCAAAGGCUCUCCGAUCAAUUUGCUUUUGAGUAGCAAAUCGGAAAUGCACAACGUUCUGGAAGCCAGCACGAAGAGAAAACCCGAACUGAACGCUAAGAGGGUCUACAAGGAAGGUGCCAGAAGACCAGCUGUCAAUUCGGGUCCGUCGCCGUUCAGAGAGAAGGCAAAAAUGAGAAGAGCUGACCUAGAGAUGGGGAACAGGCUAGGUUCAGCAACUCAUCCUGGUCAAAUGAGAGAGGCUGUUGUAGAAAACAGCAAGGGCUCGUGUCUGCAGUUGAUUGGCAUGCCGUUCUCCACCACCAAAGAAAAUGUCCGACUGUUUUUUGAGGGUUUGCAAAUUGAGGAUAUCAUCUUUCUGAGGAACCAUCGUGGUAUGUUUAAUGGAUGUGGCUUGGUCAAGUUUGCCACCAAGGAAGAUGCUGUGGAAGGCAUGAAGAGGGAUCGGCAGUACAUCGGACAGCGCUUUAUCAAACUGAAACCGUGCACUGAACAGCAGUGGUUGAAAGCAAGUGGAUCCGUCCAGUCAGACCUCAGAAGAAAUUACGCUCCAGAUCGGUCGAGAUCUCGUUCUCCUUUCGCCUAUCGGUCACGGUCUCAGUCUCAGUCUCCUCCUAAAGAGGAGUUGUGUGUCCUGCUUGAAAACCUUUCGUAUGCUGUUGAAAAAAGGGAUAUUAAGGAGUUUUUCCAUCCCAUUGCCCUCAAAGAUGAACAAAUUGUCUACGUUCUCGACAAGGAGGGGAACAGGAUGAGGGCUGUGAUCCUAGUUCUGGGAAACCUGAAGGAUUACUGUACUUGCCUGGCUCAGCACAAGCGAAGUUUUCGGAACAGGACUCUGUACGCUUCUCCCAUUUCCAGAGAAAAGAUGGUUGCAAUGUUGGCCAGAGAAGACCACAGAAGGUACAGCAGAUCUUCGGAGAGAUCGGAGCCACGUGAAGACUUACGAGAGUCGGAAAGGAGAUGCCUCUACGUUCGCAAUUUGCCCUUUGACGUCCGCAAAGUGGAAAUCACGGACUUCUUCCACGGCUUUCGUCUCUCUGAGGACAAGGUGAUCCUGCUCCGAGACGAGAGAGGGGCCGGGCUUGGUGAAGCUCUGCUGAUCUUCCAGACGGAGGAAGAGGCAUCCAUGGCACAGUCCCUGAACGGGCAGAGGUUUCUUGGCUCAGAAGUGAUGUUGAAGUGCAUCUCUUGGGCUCAGGUGCGUGAGUUCGGUGUUAUGGAUCAGGUAAUGGAUGAUCCCUUGGAGACAAACUCGCCGAGGAGCUUCACGGAGACAUACGGCGACGAGCCUCGGUUUCCUUGUGAUGGGAUGCACCCAGAUGCUAUGGUGAGACAGGAUGUCUAUGACCGUUUGUCUGACAUGCCUUCUUAUGGAAGUGGUCAUCAGUUUGAAUCUCCCCUGGACAGUCGUGACAAGUUCAGGGGCCAAGUGGACGAGACCAGUCAUCGCGGAUUAGGGCCCUCCGGGCAACAGUUCGAUGGACCAACUUGUCUAAAGUUGCUCAACUUACCGUUACCGAUCACGAUCGAUGAAAUCUAUGAUUUCUGCUACGGCUACAAGGUGAUUCCGGGGUCCGUGUCGUUGCAGUACGAUAGGAAUGGAGUUCCCAAAGGCUCAGCCACUGUGGUGUUUGAGUGUCACAGUGAGGCAGUGACCGCUGUCAGAGAAUUAAGCGGAAGACCCAUUGGCACGAGAAAAAUCAAAGUGGUGUUUGUGUAAAUAUGGAUGCAUUUAUUUGUUUACUUGCCCUUUCAAACCGCUGUC